AUGCUCGCUCCUCUCACUCACCGCAGCACCCGACCGUUCGACGACCACCCGCCCCGCCAGGCCAUUGGUCGCCCGCUCGACCAAUCGGGGCCGCUCUUACUGAAAGGUCCCCUCCCGCCCACGUGCGGAGGGCACUUCCGGUCCCCGCGGCGAGAGGACUACAGUUCCCGGCAUGCCCCGGGCGCGCCCCACGAGGCAGGGGCGUCUGCCCAGCUCAAGAUGGCGGACGACGGGGAGCCCACCGCCAGGCGGCCGGCCGCCGCCCCUCCGCAGCCGGCGGGGAACGGGGGCGGCCACGGCGACGGCCACGACCGCUGCAGCGACUGCGAGAACGAGGAGGAGGGGGAGAACGGCUACAACCGCCGCGGAUCGAGUCCAGCCAACGACAGCGGAGCCAAAAAGAAGAAAAAGAAACAGAAACGGAAGAAAGAGAAAAGCAACGAGCCCCCGGAUUCCGCCCAGGACCAGCCCGUGAAGGUGAACUCCCUGCCCGCGGAGAGAAUCCAGGAGAUCCAGAAAGCCAUCGAGCUGUUCUCGGUCGGCCAGGGACCCGCCAAAACCAUGGAGGAGGCCAGCAAGCGGAGCUACCAGUUCUGGGACACCCAGCCCGUGCCCAAGCUCGGCGAGCUGGUCAGCACCCACGGCCCCGUGGAGCCCGACAAGGAGAACAUCCGCCGGGAGCCGUACACCCUGCCCCAGGGCUUCACCUGGGACGCGCUGGACCUGGGCGACCGGGCCGUGCUGAAGGAGCUGUACACGCUCCUCAACGAGAACUACGUGGAGGACGACGACAACAUGUUCCGCUUCGACUACUCGCCCGAGUUCCUGCUGUGGGCCCUCCGCCCCCCCGGCUGGCUGCCUCAGUGGCAUUGCGGAGUCCGGGUGGUGACCAGCAAGAAACUGGUGGGGUUCAUCAGCGCCAUUCCCGCCAGCAUCCACAUUUACAACACAGAGAAGAAAAUGGUGGAGAUCAACUUCCUCUGCGUCCACAAGAAGCUGCGGUCCAAGCGGGUGGCGCCGGUGCUGAUCCGGGAGAUAACCCGGCGGGUCCACUUGGAGGGCAUCUUCCAAGCUGUUUACACGGCCGGCGUGGUGCUUCCCAAGCCCGUCGGCACCUGCAGGUAUUGGCACCGCUCCCUGAACCCACGGAAACUGAUCGAGGUCAAGUUCUCCCACUUGAGCCGCAACAUGACCAUGCAGCGCACCAUGAAGCUGUACCGGCUACCCGAGACCCCGAAGACGGCCGGCUUGCGCCCCAUGGAGCACAAGGACAUAGCGGUGGUGCACAGGCUCCUGGGGCAGUACCUGAAACAGUUCCACCUGACCCCCCUCAUGAGCCGCGAAGAGGUGGAGCACUGGUUCUUCCCUCAGGAGAACAUCAUCGACACCUUCGUCGUCGAGAACGGGAACGGCGAAGUGACGGAUUUCCUGAGCUUCUACACGCUGCCCUCCACCAUCAUGAACCACCCGACGCACAAGAGCCUCAAAGCUGCUUACUCCUUCUACAACGUGCACACGCAGACGCCACUCUUAGACCUCAUGGGCGAUGCCCUCGUCCUCGCCAAAGCGAAAGGUUUCGAUGUGUUCAAUGCACUGGAUCUCAUGGAAAACAAAACUUUCCUGGAGAAGCUCAAGUUUGGCAUCGGAGAUGGAAACCUGCAGUAUUAUCUCUACAAUUGGAAAUGCCCCAGCAUGGGAGCAGAGAAGGUCGGACUGGUGUUGCAGUAACUGGUCUCCGGUGAGGAUCGAGCGGAAAACCCCGACGGCACCACGGACCGGGAGCGGGAAUUCCGGCGCGGGUUGGUCCGAUUCCCGGCAGGGCGAGACCCUCCACGGGAUCCUCCCGACGGAGCCCCCACGGCGCCUCAGCUCCCCGGGGCGAGUCCGGUCACCCCAGCACGGCCACCGGCCGGCGGGGGGGGGAUGCCCUGUCGAAAGCUAGCUCACGAUUGGCAUAUUAUGGAGUUAACGGGUGAAUAAUAAAAAUAUAUAUUAUAUAUAUAUAUAUAUAU